UAUUUCCGAUUCUACGGGAUUCCGUAGCCAAUAUCACAUUAGGGAUAAUUUUCGGAUUUCGCCUCGUACACAACGACCCCCAAUAUGAGGGAAUUCUGGAUACAGUGCACAAAAUGUAUGAACUCAACACAAAACUAAACGUUGUGAACUUUGUUCCCUUUUUGGAAAAGCUUCCGUUGCCAGUUCUCAAGGAAUUCGAUGAAGUUUCUACUCGUUUGGUUUUGCAAGUAAUUGCAUGGUUCAAAGGACAGGAAAACAAUAAACACGUAGAUUCAAGUCACAUGAAAUCUUUUGCCAAUUGGUACAAAACUGACGUUAUGAAGUACAAGCAGUACGAGAUGGAUGAGAAAGUGACAUUGAGAGAAAAUGACAAGAAACCAGCUUUGAAUGAUUCUAUACAAGCGAAUGGACAAGAAAAAGACGUCAAAUUGGAUAGCAUAUUUUCCGAAAACCAAAUUAUUUCUGUUGCUAUCGACCUUUUUAUGGCCGGUUUUGAGACCGUUACAACAACGUUACGAUGGGGUUUUCUAUAUAUGGCAUUGCAUCCUGAAAUCCAGGCAAAAGUUCAAGAAGAAAUUGACUCCAAUUUAGGAGACCGAAACCCAAGUAUUACAGACAAAGGUACACUGCCGUACACAGAGGCGACUAUCAUGGAAAUACAGCGUCUGAAUUAUGUUCUUCCAUUGGCGGUUCCACAUUCUACCACAAAAGACGUGGAAUUCCAUGGCUACACCAUCCCCAAGGAUACUAUGGUACUUGUGAAUCUCUGGUCUGUCAUGACGGACCCCGUAUGUUGGCCAAAUCCCGAGAAGUUCGACCCUCAGCGCCAUCUGAACGAGAGAGGAAGAACCAUACGCCACGUUGUAUUUACCCCAUUUUCUCUAGGUAAACGGUCGUGCGUAGGAGCAGCACUUGCUAGAAUGGAGCUCUUCCUUUUCUUUACCUCCUUGAUGCAGAAGUUUACAUUUCGUCUCCCAGACGGCGCUUCAGCUCCUGUGUUUGAGGAGGGCACUUUGGCAUCAACGUUCAGCCCCCCUUACCACCAGCUCUGCGUGGUUUGUAGGGGCCCGAAGACUUAAUCAGAUAGGCUUGUCGACCGUUAUUUCCUGUUUUUAAUCUGUAAAUACUGUGGUCAACUUUAUUCAUCUUUCAACAAGUUAAAACAAAAGCAUUUUAAAUUUUAAGUUUUAAUUCUUUUUCACAUUGUUCUCCACACAAUGGACAAUAGAAGUGUCACCCCCUGAAUCAAAGUAAUCAGAUAAUAAUUAAGUAAUCAAUAAUCAAAGUAGGCAGAUCUUGAGUAGUUAAAAUGCCUGGUCUACAUUUUUUUGUGA